UACUUGCAUUAACGAAGAAAAACUCUAAUGCUACAACUAUCCUGUUAUUUCUUCACAAGUUGACCGAGGUAUUUACAGAAUAUUUUAAAGAACUCGAAGAAGAAUCUAUCCGAGAUAACUUCGUAAUUAUUUACGAAUUGUUGGAUGAGAUGAUGGACUUUGGUUAUCCUCAAACUACGGAGACUAAAAUUCUGCAAGAGUAUAUAACCCAGGAAUCACAUAAGUUAGAAGUUCAAGUCAGACCACCAAUGGCAGUUACUAAUGCAGUCUCUUGGCGUUCUGAGGGAAUAAAGUAUCGGAAAAACGAAGUAUUUUUAGAUGUAAUCGAAUCUGUCAAUCUACUUGUGAAUGCAAAUGGGAAUGUAUUACGGAGUGAAAUCCUUGGUGCAAUUAAAAUGAAGUGUUAUCUGAGUGGUAUGCCUGAGUUGAGAUUAGGAUUAAACGAUAAAGUUAUGUUUGAGAGCACUGGGAGGACAGCGAGGGGGAAAGCUAUCGAGAUGGAAGAUGUAAAGUUUCAUCAAUGCGUGCGAUUGUCCCGUUUUGAGAACGAUCGUACGAUUUCAUUUAUACCACCCGACGGUGAAUUUGAAUUGAUGAGCUAUAGACUGAACACUCAAGUUAAACCUUUGAUCUGGGUCGAGGCUGCUGUGGAAAGCCAUACUGGAUCGAGGCUUGAAUAUAUGAUUAAGGCAAAGGCUCAGUUCAAACGACGGUCAACGGCAAAUAAUGUGGAAAUUAAUGUUCCUGUGCCAGAUGAUGCUGCUGCACCAAAAUUUAGGUGUAGCGUUGGAUCAGUCCAGUACGCUCCCGAGAAGUCUUGUCUUGUGUGGAAAAUUAAACAGUUUCAAGGUGGCAAAGAAUUCAUAAUGAGAGCUCAUUUCUCACUGCCUUCCGUUCAGAGUUCUGAGGACCAAGAGACAAAACCUCCGAUCGCCGUGAAAUUUGAAAUACCAUACUUUACGGUAUCGGGUAUCCAAGUAAGAUAUUUGAAGAUUGUGGAAAAGAGUGGGUAUCAGGCCCUACCGUGGGUGAGAUAUAUCACUCAGAAUGGAGAUUAUCAAUUGCGUAUGCCAGAGAGUAUAAAGACUGCUAACAUGGCACCUAUCUAA